AUGACUCGUUGGAUAUUUUAUUAUGUGGAAGGAUUAUGUUUAAGUGAAAAUUUUAUUCUCUAUGUCUAUAUUAAAUUAAAUAACGGCAAUGACGUUUUAGAAACAAUUGAACGAUACCGCAGUCAUACCAGGAUUAAUAAUACUCCAACAACAUCUGAAUCUUCUGAAUAUACUCAGCAUUUGAAGGAAGAAGCAGAAAACAUGAUGAAAAAGAUUGAUCUUCUCGAGACUUCAAAACGUAAACUCUUAGGAGAAGGUAUAGGGACUUGUUCCAUUGAAGAACUACAAAAGAUAGAGCAACAGUUAGAGAAUAGUAUAACCAAAAUUCGAGCAAAAAAGAUUCAGGUUUUCAGGGAGCAAAUUGAUCAGCUUAAAGAAAAGGAAAAAACCCUAAUUGCUGAAAAUGUCAUGCUUUCUGAGAAGUAUGAUAGUUAUUCAUCACAGCAGGCAAAAAAAGAUGACAGAGAAAAUAUAGCUGAUGUUGAAGCUUAUGCAGAUCAAAGUAGUCCAAGUUCAGAUGUUGAAACUGAAUUAUUCAUUGGUCUUCCAGAAACAAGAACAAGGAGGAUUUCUCCAAUGUUGAGGAUUAAUUAG